UACCCUCACGACCUCGUCCACGCCGCCUCCGCACGCCCGCCUCCCGUCUGCCAAGCCUACCCACACCUAUUUCCUUGUUGAAAGAUCGAAGAUGGCAACGAAGGUGUCUCCGACGCACGAUGUGGUGCUCUACUUCCUCGCGAUAUUCAUCCCGCCUGCUGCGGUGUUCUUCAAGCGAGGACUCGCUGCUGAUUUUUGGAUUAACAUCCUGCUCUGGAUCCUCGGCUGGAUCCCUGGGGUGAUCCACGCCUGGUGGAUCAUCUCGCGCAGCGAGGGGGCGAUGUGAUAACCCGGCCCUACUAUACUACUUCAUGACCACGAGCUUUGGGUUCCGUUGCCUUGUUUUGUUGUACUAGCCCACACCCAGGCGUAAUUCAGCUUGUAUCAAUACGCACA